AUGGCAAUGGAAUUGGUGGGCCUUCCCACGGCAGCAGCCGCAUGGCUGGCAACCUUGGCCUUGCUCCUCCUCUUCGGCCGCCACCUCCGCCGCCGAAAAUUCAACCUGCCACCAGGCCCAACGCCCUGGCCUAUCAUUGGCAACCUCAACCUCAUAGGCCCCCUCCCCCACCGAUCCAUCCAUGCCCUCUCACAAAAAUACGGCCCCAUCAUGCACCUCUGGUUCGGAUCCAAGCUGGUCGUGGUCGGCUCCUCCGUGGAACUGGCAAGAGAGUUCCUCAAAACCCACGAUGCCGCCUUGGCUGGCCGACCCCAGUUCGCCGCUGGCAAGUACACCACCUACAACUAUUCCGAUAUCACAUGGUCUCAGUACGGCCCAUACUGGCGACAAGCUCGCAAAAUAUGCCUCACAGAACUGUUCAGCGCGAAACGCCUAGAAUCCUACGAGUACAUCAGAAGAGAAGAACUGAAAGAUUUUCUGAAAGAACUUUACGAUUCAGCGAACAAAGCCAUCGUACUGAAAGACCACCUUUCUACUCUGAGCCUGAACGUGAUAAGCAGGAUGGUGCUGGGGAAGAAGUACCUGACGGAGAAGAAGAGCCAAACCGCCGUGGUUUCGGCGGAGGAGUUCAAGAAGAUGCUGGACGAGCUGUUCUUGUUGAACGGAGUGUUGAAUAUCGGAGACUUCAUUCCAUGGAUCAAUUUCCUGGACUUGCAAGGUUAUAUCAAGAGGAUGAAGGCUGUGAGCAAGAAGUUCGAUAGAUUCAUGGAACAUGUUUUGGAUGAACAUAACGAAAGAAGAAGAGGGAAUCCAGAUUAUGAAGCUAAAGAUAUGGUGGAUGUGCUUCUUCAGCUUGCCGAGGAUCCGACGCUCGACGUCAAGUUCGAGAGGCAUGGAAUCAAAGCAUUUACUCAGGACUUAAUAGCUGGAGGUACAGAGAGCUCAGCAGUAACAGUGGAAUGGGCGAUGUCGGAGCUUCUGAGAAAGCCGGAGAUAUUCACGAAAGCGACGGAGGAGCUGGACAGAGUGAUCGGAAGAGAGCGGUGGGUGGAAGAAAAAGACAUCCCCAACCUUCCCUACAUCAAUGCCAUUGCCAAAGAAACCAUGAGGCUCCACCCGGUGGCUCCGAUGCUGGCUCCCAGACGAGCCAGAGAAGAUGUCAAGGUCUCUGUUUCCGCCGGCGGCUACAACAUCCCAAAAGGAACUCAAGUCCUGGUUAACAUCUGGACCAUCGGAAGAGAUCCUGCAAUAUGGAAAAUCCCAAAUGACUUCGAACCAGAGAGGUUCUUAUCAGGCAAGAACAUCGACGUGAAGGGACAUGACUAUGAGCUGUUGCCAUUUGGAGCAGGAAGAAGAAUGUGUCCAGGUUAUCCUCUGGGGUUGAAGGUGAUUCAGACGAGCUUGGCCAAUCUGUUGCAUGGCUUCCAUUGGAGACUCAAGGAUGGUAUGAAGAAGGAGGAUUUGAGCAUGGAGGAGAUUUUUGGGCUCUCUACUCCCAAGAAACUGCCUCUUGAAGCUGUGGUUCACCCCAGACUUGCUGCUCAUCUUUAUUAUUAAAUCAACGAGCUCCCUUAUUAUCAUGUUUAGUUUCAUCAUCUCUAAUAAUAAGAUUCUGGGUUUUUGUUAAGACCUGGAUAAGUUGUUUCAAACCAAAUCCUCCGUCAAGUCCAAAACUUGUUUUAGGUUGUCGUGUCCUGGUUGACCUGGAUGCAUUUAUCUUAAUUGGGACC